GCUCCUCCAUGAUUGACAGCUCAGUUUAACCAAUCGUUUGCUGCGGGCGGUUUCAGGACAGGAUCUGUUUCCGGAACCACACACACACACACACACACACACACACGUGUGAGCUGGCUUUCAGUGCGGUCCUUACUCUUGUGAAUAUCAGCAGACGUGGUGCCUGCGUCAAGCCCGGCUCCGUUAAGAAGUCUCUGCAAGUGUUUGACAGCUGGGAAACAAGACGAGUGUCCAAGGGUCCAUCGCUGUUUCCUGCUAACUCAUCUCCACAGUCAGCAACUUGGCUCUGAUGGCUGAGUCAGAGCCUGUCGUUGUCCAGGUCGGAGAAAAGAGAGGCUGUCCAGAGGAUGAAGAGAAAGACACACCAUCAAAGAAACCCAGGGUUGAGAUCGACCACCAAGAUGAGGAAGAGCCAGAGGGUGAAGCAUCUGACGGGGAGGAAGAGAAUGGGGAGACCUUUGCCGAUAUGAUGAAGCAUGGCCUCACGGAGUUGGAUGUGGGCAUCCUGAAGUAUGUCAGUGACCAUGAGGGCUUCUCAGGGAUCUUGAAGGAAAGAUAUUCUGAUUUUGUGGUGCAUGAAAUCAACAAACAAGGCAAGAUAGUGCAUUUAGAUGACCUGUCUAUCCCUGCAGAGGCCGCAGAGGAAGUUGCAGAGGCUCCACAGCCGCCAGAAGAAUCGGAUGUGCUGACCGAAGAGCAGAAGAAGCAGCUCGGGGAGCUGCAGCUCUUCAGGAAUAAAGAGGGCAACGUCUCUAUUGAGGUGAUUGACGAUACAAAAGAGAAGCGGACGCUGGUCCACAAAGCCAUCAAGACGCAGUUUCCUGGUCUGGAGACAAAGACGGAAGAGAAGGAUGGGCGCAAGUUAAUAGUGGCCUACCACGCUGCUGGGAAGAAGGCUCUCGCAGCUCCAAGGAAACACUUCUGGCCGAAAAACCGUGGCAGCUUUUGCCACUUUGUGCUGUACAAAGAGAACAAGGACACCAUGGACGCCAUCAAUGUGCUUUCAAAGUUCCUCAGGCUUAGACCCAACAUGUUUUCCUACAUGGGAACCAAAGACAAGAGAGCCAUCACUGUGCAAGAGAUUGCAGUGCUCAAGAUCACAGCAGAGAGGCUGGCUCACCUCAACAAGUGCCUCAUGAAUCUCAAGGUGGGAAACUUCUGCUACAAAAACCACCCUCUGAAGCUCGGGGAGCUGCAGGGAAACCACUUCACUGUGGUCAUCAGGAACAUCUCAGGGACAGAUGAGCAGGUCCAUAAGGCCUUGACGUCUCUCAAACAGACAGGCUUCAUCAACUACUAUGGCAUGCAGCGCUUCGGCACCACAGCUGUGCCUACGUACCAAGUUGGCAGGGCUAUCUUGAGGAAUGACUGGAAUGAGGUGGUGGAUUUAAUUCUGAAGCCUCGUCCUGGAGCGGAGAAAGAAUUCCUGGUCCGCUGCAGAGAGGAAUGGGCAAAGACGCAGGACCCGGAGGCUUCUCUGAAAAAGCUGCCCAACAAGCGCUGUGUGGAGGGGCAGCUGCUGCGAGGCCUGUCCAUGUAUGGCAAGAAGAACAUCGUCACUGCCUUUGGACUGAUUCCUCGCAACAACCGCCUGAUGUACAUCCACAGCUACCAGAGCGUGGUGUGGAACACCAUGGUGAGCCGCAGAAUCGAAGCCUUUGGCCUGAAGGCUGUGGAAGGGGACAUUGUGCUCAAAGGAACCACAGCACACUUGCUGUCUGCAGAGGAGGCUGAGAGUCACUCCAUUCAUGACGUCGUGAUGCCACUUCCUGGGUUUGAUGUCAUCUACCCCUCUCACCACGUGGGGAAAGGCUACAGAGAGCUGCUCUCUGCAGACAAGCUGGACAUCGACAACAUGAGACACAAAGUGAAGGACUAUUCUCUGGCUGGAGCCUACAGACGCAUUAUCAUCAGACCCAGUGAUGUCAGCUGGGAGGUGAUCAAGUACGAUGACCCUCGGAUCUCCCUGGUGCACAGUGAUUUUGAGAAACUGGAGAACAAACCUGCUCCUGUCUUCAGCAAAGAGGGGAAGCAUCGGGCUCUGCGGAUGGAGUUCUCCUUGCCUCCCUCAACCUACGCUACCAUGGCGAUCAGAGAGGUCCUCAAGUUGGACACUAGCAUCAAGAAACAGACCCAACUCAACACCACCUGGUUCAACUGAGACGAGACACACUCUGGCAUAGACCCGACUGCUGCUGCAGGCUGCAAAGCACCUGUCUACUCUGGCUACUUACUGUUGUGAGUGUUUUUACGUGUAUUGCUGUGUGUGUGAAUGAGCGGUUCUGUGUGAACCAAGAGGCUACUUCUUUGAAGUACAAAGAGCAACGAUGUAUGAUUAUUCAACCUUUUUUUUUUUUUUUUUAAACAGUGUUUUUACUUGCUCUAAAGUGGUUCUGUGCUGCAAUGAUCACAGUUAUUUUGACUGAUUUGACUAAACCUUGUUCUUUCAGGGUGUAACAUGCAUGCCCACUUUGUACAGACAUUUUCUUUUUUCUUUUUUUUUUUUUUAACUUUGAGCUGAAUGUGCUAAUUGAACAAAACUCUCGAGAAGAGAAAUUAAAAAUGUUGAGUUUAUGA